GGGCGGGGCGGCACCGGCGGGCCGGCGGGGCUGUGCACCUGCGCCUCGGCCGGCAGGCUAGUGCUUGUCCCUCCGCCCGCCCGGUCCCGCCAUGGCCAGGCCGCAGAGGACUCCGGCGCGCAGUCCCGAUAGCAUCGUCGAGGUGAAGAGCAAAUUUGAUGCUGAGUUCCGACGCUUCGCGCUACCCCGCGCUUCGGUGAGUGGCUUCCAGGAGUUCUCGCGGUUGCUGCGUGCCGUGCACCAGAUUCCAGGCCUGGACGUGCUACUUGGCUAUACGGAUGCUCACGGCGACCUGCUGCCUCUCACAAACGACGACAGCCUGCACCGGGCCCUGGCCAGUGGACCCCCGCCACUGCGCCUACUGGUGCAAAAGCGGGCAGCUGACUCCAGCGGCCUGGCUUUUGCCUCCAACUCUCUGCAGCGUCGUAAGAAAGGGCUCCUACUGAGGCCAGUGGCACCUCUGCGCACCCGGCCACCCUUGCUAAUCAGCUUGCCCCAAGAUUUCCGCCAGGUUUCCUCAGUCAUAGACGUCGACCUACUGCCAGAGACCCACCGACGAGUGCGGCUGCACAAGCAUGGUUCAGACCGCCCCUUGGGCUUCUACAUCCGAGAUGGCAUGAGUGUACGUGUGGCUCCCCAGGGCCUGGAGCGGGUUCCAGGCAUCUUCAUAUCCCGCUUGGUACGUGGGGGCCUGGCUGAGAGUACAGGGCUGCUGGCAGUUAGUGAUGAGAUCCUUGAGGUCAAUGGCAUUGAGGUGGCUGGGAAGACCUUGGACCAAGUGACAGAUAUGAUGGUGGCCAACAGCCAUAACCUCAUCGUCACUGUCAAGCCUGCCAACCAGCGUAAUAAUGUGGUGCGUGGGGCAUCUGGGCGUCGCAUAAGGCCUCCCUCUGCAGGGCCUGGGCCUGAGCCUGACAGCGAUGAAGACAGCAGCGACCUGGUCAGUGAAAACCGACAGCCUUCCUGUCCCAAUGGGCUGUCUCAGGAGCCUCCAUACUGGGACCUACAUCCUGGCUGUCUACCUCCUGGUGCCCACAGCUCUAUGCCCUCCCUGGAUGACCAGGAGCAAGUCAAUUCUGGCUGGGGGAAUAGCAUGCGAGGAGACGGUAGUGGCUUUAGCCUCUGACAGGCAAAGAUGCAGCCAUCUGCCAUUCCAGGCUGCUGGAACAUGGCAGGAACUUCAUAGUGGGGGGUUUUUAGCUUGCCCACGGGGCUCUCUCACCCGGGGGAACAUUAAAGGUUUUCUAUAAAUGCAGUCA